CCUCGUCCUCCUCCUCCUCGUCCUCCUCCCCGUCCUCCGCCGCCGCCGCCGCCAUGGUGCGCAAGCUGAAGUUCCACGAGCAGAAGCUGCUGCGUCGCGUGGACUUCCUCAACUGGGCGUCGACCGACCAGAACCUGCGCGAGCUGCGCGUGCUGCGGCGCUACCGGCUGCAGCGGCGCGAGGACUACACGCGCUACAGCCAGCUGAGCCGGGCGGUGCGGGCGCUGGCCCGCCGGCUGCGCGACCUGCCCGAGGGCGACCCCUUCCGGGCCCGGGCGUCGUCCGCGCUGCUGGCCAAGCUGUACGGGCUGGGGCUGCUGCCCACGCGCGCCUCCCUGGAGCCCUGCGCCCGCCUGUCCGCCGUGGCCUUCUGCCGCCGCCGCCUGCCGUCCGUGCUGGUGGCGCUGCGCAUGGCCCAGCACCUGGAGGCGGCCGUCGCCUUCGUGGAGCAGGGCCACGUGCGCGUGGGGCCCGAGCUGGUCACCGACCCCGCCUGCCUCGUGCCCCGCGCCCUGGAGGACUUCGUCACCUGGGUCGACUCCUCCAAGAUCAAGCGACACGUGCUCGACUACAACGACCAGCGCGACGACUUCGACCUGGACGCCUAGCACGCCCUCUCAAAUCCCCUCCCCGGGCCCUGCGAGGUCGACCCCCUGACCUUUAACCCCCGCCCCCGGGACACGCGACGUCGACCCCUGACCUUUAACCCCCGCUCCCGGGCCACGCGAGGUCACCACCUGACCCUUAAUCCCCUCCCCGGGCCAUACGAGGUCACCGCUUGACCUUUAACCCCCUCCCCGGGCCACGCGAGGUCACCCCCUGACCUUUAACCCCCUCCCCGGGCCACGCGAGGUCGACCCCUGACCCUUAAUCCCCUCCCCGGACCAUACGAGGUCGACCCCUGACCUUUAACCCCCGCUCCUGGGCCACGCGAGGUCACCGCUUGACCUUUAACCCCCUCCCCGGGCCACACGAGGUCGCCCCCUGACCUUUAACCCCUUCCCCCAGAUCACACGAGGUCGCCCCUUGAUCUUUAACCCCUUCCCCCAGACCCCACGAAGUUGCCCCCCGACCUUUAACCCCCUCCCCCAGGCCACGCAAGGUCACUUCCUGACCCUUAACCUUUCCCCCAAGCCACACGAGGUCGCCCCUUGACCCUUACCCCCCGUCCCCCAGGCCACCUAGGGUCACCCCCCGACCUUUUCCCCCUUCCCCCAGUCCACCCGGCUUCGCCCUCUGACCUUUAACCCCCUCCCCCGGUCCACCCCGGGGUCGCCCCCCGACCUUUACCCACCUCCCCCAGCCCCAGGUGAUGGGGCAGAGGAGAGGGUGGCGGGUGGGGUUAGGAGGGCCCCGCCUCUCCCCGAAGCGACGGGAUCUCACCCUCUGACUGCAAACCUCCAGGCCCGCAAAAGUCACCACUGUCAGGGUGCUCCCCGCGGGUUGCCCGGAAGAGAAGAGCCUCAAGGAGCCAGAGGGAAAGGCGACCGACGGAAUCCGGGUGUUCCCAGUUGCACUUUGGGAAUUGGUGUCGACGGGGACCACGGGCUUUCUCUUCUCCCCAGUUUGGAGGAAGACAAGACGGGGACAGAGCCGUGGGGGCCCUUCUCGAAAAGGACCAAAAGUUUCUCGCCGUCCAUUUGCGGCUGCGGGGUCCCAAGGACUGUUGCCUUUUAUUUCCCUCUUUGUUUACAUAAUAAAAUAAGGGCUGUGGCAGCCUCGUUCCUCGAGAA